CAGCUUCCGGUUGGAGUGUAAAUGGAUACAUGACACAGUUGUUUGGAGGAAAGCUACCUUUUCGAAAACCGUUAACGUCCACAAAACUACCGACGUGGUUUUGACACCGUAGCGGCUGACGGCCCCCAGUAGAGCCGGCCGCGAUGGAGGCGGUCCCCCGAAUGCCGAUGAUCUGGCUGGAUCUGAAGGAGGCUGGGGAGUUCCAGUUCAGCCCGUCCGUUAGGCAGUUCAUCCUAAAGAAUUAUGGAGAGAAUCCGGACAACUACAACGAACAGCUUAAAAAACUGGAGACUCUGCGACAGAGCGCUGUAAACGUGACGAGGGAUUUUGAGGGCUGCAGCACACUGAGGAAGUAUUUCGGCCAGCUGCAUUACCUCCAGAGCCGAGUCCCCAUGGGAACAGGCCAGGAGGCUGCUGUACCCAUCUCAUGGACUGAAAUUUUCUCUGGAAAAACAGUCACCCAUGAUGACAUCAGCUAUGAGCAGGCCUGCAUCCUCUACAAUCUUGGGGCCCUCCACUCCAUGCUCGGGGCCAUGGAUAACAGGGUAUCUGAGGAGGGAAUGAAGGUGUCCUGCACACACUUCCAGUGCUCUGCGGGGGCAUUCUCCUACCUGAGAGACCAUUUCAGCCACAACUUCAGCGUGGACAUGAGCCACCAGAUCCUUAACCUUAACAUCAACCUCAUGCUGGGUCAGGCUCAGGAGUGUCUUCUAGAAAAAUCCAUGUUGGACAAUAGGAAGAGCUUCCUGGUCGCACGCAUCAGCGCUCAGGUGGUGGAUUACUACAAAGAAGCCUGCAGGGCUCUGGAGAACUCAGAGACGGCGUCCAUGCUGGGGAAGAUCCAGAAAGACUGGAAGAAACUGGUCCAGAUGAAGAUCUACUACUUUGCUGCUAUUGCACAUCUUCACAUGGGAAAACAGGCAGAGGAGCAGCAGAAGUACGGGGAGCGGUUGGCCUACCUGCAAAGCUCCUUGGACAAACUCAGUGAAGCUAUCAAGCUUGCCAAGGGUCAGCCCGACAGCGUGCAGGAGGCUUUGAGAUUCACUAUGGAUGUUAUUGGGGGAAAGUUCAAUUCAGCCAAAAAAGACAAUGACUUCAUCUAUCACGAGACGGUUCCUUCUCUGGAGUCUUUGGCCUCUGUUAAAGGUGCCCCACUGGUCAGAGCUCUGCCAGUGAACCCCACAGACCCCAGUGUUACCGGACCAGACCUAUUUGCUAAGUUGGUGCCUAUGGCAGCCCACGAAGCCUCCUCACUGUACAGUGAGGAGAAGGCCAAACUGCUGAGAGACGUCAUGGCCAAGAUCGAUGCCAAGAAUGAAACAUUAGAGCAGUUCAUGGACUCUCUGGGCUUGGAGCCAGAAUCUGUGGAUAACCUGGACAUGUACAGCCACAUCCCUCCAGUCCUGAUGGAGAAAUGUGCUGCUCUCAGUGUACGACCCGACACCGUCAAGAGCCUCAUCCAGUCCAUGCAGGGCCUCUCAGGAGUCUUCACUGAUGUGGAAUCAUCCCUGAAGGAGAUCAGAGACGUCCUGGAGUCGGACGAGGUUGGUGAGCGAGCUCUCCUCGAGGCUGGUGGCCCUGCUGCAGCCGAGGUACACCUGGCAGCACAGGCCCAGGCUCUGGCUGAGAUUCGCAGAGACCUGGAGAAGUACAUGGAGGCUCAUGAGAAGGCUAGCUUCACCAACACAGAGCUCCAUAGGGCCAUGAACCUGCACAUCAGCAACCUGCGACUGCUAGGGGGACCACUGGAGGGCCUGAAAGAGGCUCUGCCCCGGCCUCAGCUCAAUGAAGAGGAAGUAGCUGGGCUGCAGUGUAUGAAGCGGAUCUUAGGAAAAGUACAGGAAAUGAGGGAACAAAGAACUUCCCUGGAGAAACAGCUUCGAGACCUGAUCCAGCAGGACGACAUCACCUCCACCCUGGUCACUACAGAUAGAGCAGACAUUAAGCAAAUAUUUGAGGAGCAGCUCAAGAAGUAUGAACAGGUGAAGGUGUAUAUUGACCAGAAUCUGGCAGCUCAGGAGAACAUCCUAAAGGCCCUCACUGAGGCAAACGUCCAGUACGCCACAGUACGUAAGGGCCUCAGUCAAACUGAACAGCAGUGGAACAGCACCGUCCAGGGACUGGUAGGCUCUUACGAAGCUUAUGAAGACCUGAUGAAAAAGUCACAAGAAGGGAAGGAGUUCUAUGAAGACCUGGAGGCCAAAGCUUCACGUCUGCUGGAGAGAGCAAAGACCCUGUGUCAGACCAGGGCAGAGGAGAGGAAGCCCAUUCUGGAAAAAGAGUCACAGAAGAAGCCCCCUGCACGGCCUACAGCAGCAAAGCCGACCUUGAUGACAAAGGUUCCUGAUGCUGACUCUGCCAGCUCUAGCCUGGAUGACCCUGAGUUGGCGCAGCUAAGUGCAGCCAUACUGGCCUUAGGGGGUGACCUACCAGAGGAGCUCCGCAGCCUCCCCCCUGACAUCCCGUCGCUCCCUACAUCUGCAGUUCGUAUGCCCGGCCCUGAAGCCUUCAUCCCCCCUGGUGCUAACCUGGGUGGCAGCAGCUCUCUUCCUUGGCCUGGAGCUCCAGGUGCUGGUCUUCCUCGCUUUCCUGCCAACCUGCCUCCCCCUGAACUCCUAGCACGGAUUGCUCAGUUUCCUACAUCUGGAGCUCUAGCAGGACAAGGACCUCUGCCCCGUGGCCCCCUCCCACAGAUGCCUCCACACAUGCCAACCCCAGCAGCUGUGCCAGGUUAUCGACCACAACAUCCUCAAGCCCCACAACCUGGCCCUGUUGCUCCCAUUCCAGUUCGGCCUUCAACCACCACUGUGGAUAGUAUCCAGGCCCCAAUCCCCAGCUACGCCCCCACACAACACCCCCCUGUCCCACCUGCAGCCUCAACAGGUUACACCGUACCCCCACAGAUGGGGGCUUACCCCCAGUUUAUGCCCCAACCUGGAAUGCCAAUGCAUGGCCAACCACAAACUCCUGCAGCCCAACCACAGCAGCAGAAACAGCAGCAGCAGUUCCCUCAGCCCAUUGGGCAACCACUGCCUCAGGGCUACCAGCCUGGUCCAAGGGCUAUUCCAGGCCCUCAUCCUCCUCUCCAGACACCACAAGCAUACCCACAUGGGUAUAUGCCCCCUCAACCUGGCGUUCCUCCCCAGUACCAGCCGGCAUACCCAGGUCAGCUGCAGCCACCACAUCAGCAAAAUGGUUACCAGCCCCGGCCACAGAUACCCCAAGGCUACCAGACACCACAGAGCUACGUACCUCAGCAGCAUCCUCAAAUGAUGCCAGGUGCUCUGCCACCUCAAACUGGACAUCCACAAAUACCCCCAACUUCUCAGCCAGCACCUCCUGUAUCUCAGGCCUACCUGCCCCAUCCCAACCAACAAAUGCCCCCUAGACUCCCCAGUCAACACAUGAUGCCCCAACAGCAACAUAUCACAAUGCACCCUAAUGCCCAGCAGAUUCCACCCCACUCUCAGAUACAAAUACCAGGAGGUCCCAGAGCACAAAUGCCCCCAACAAGUCAGCCAGUACCCCAAGUCUCUCAGAACUACAUGCCUCCAACAAGUCAGCAAAUGCCCCCAGUCUCUCAGAACUACAUGCCCCCAACAAGCCAGCCAGUGCCCCCAGUUUCUCAGAACUACAUGCCUCCAACCAGCCAGCCCAUCCACCCAUCCCUGCGCCCACAGAUGCCUCCUGCUUCUCAGCCUCAUAUCGCCCCUGGUGCUCAGGUCCACAUGCCAAGGGGCCCUAUGCCACAGAUGCCACCAAGUGCAUUACCCCCACAUCACCCACACCCUGGACAGCCUCCUGUACCAAACAUGCCCCAGCAGCCCAUUCGAAUGCCCAGCCAACCACAGGCUCAGCCCCCUCAUUCUGGAGCUGUGUGCUACCCAGGAGGGGCUCCAAUGAUGCCUCAGCAGCCCCUUGCACCACAACCUGCACCCCCACAACAACCUCAGGCUCCUCUUCCAAUGACCCGCCCACAGCCCCCAACCAUGUACCCUUCAGGUCCAGGUGCUAAUGUACCUCCAAGUACCCCACAGCAGCCUACUGCCAUGGGCCCACAUGGUCCACACAUUCCCCCUGCCCAGCACAUGAUCCAACCUUCUCCCGGAGGGCCACCAGUGGCUCAACCUCCAAACCCUGUCGCUCCUUCCCCUUCACCUUCCCCCUCCCCUUCUCCCUCUCCUGGUCCUGCCUCUUUGGGUCUAAACCCCCAGCAGAGACCCACACCAGCCCCCACCCCUGGUAGCACAGCUCCUCCCGCUCUUCCCUCUCCUUCGGCUGUUUCUCCUGCCACAUCGUUGUUUCAGCGACAGAACUCAAGCACAGAUGACCUCCUCUCUUCGAGCCCUGAGAGCCAACCAGGAGGCACCAAGGCUCCUACCAAUGUCCUCCAACCCACCAAAGCCGACCCACAGGAUGGAGAACGUCGAAGAAGGAGCUCUCAGGGAGUUCUUGUGAUCCAGGGUGACCCAUAUCAAGCUCCAGAGCGUGUUGCCCGUCUUCAUGGUGAACUUGAACGUUAUAGGGCCCAGGUAGAUUCCCUGGAGCACCCCUCAGAGAGUGAGGGUGGGCUAUCUGUGCUGGAUGCCCGCUGGAAAGAGCUCCAGGACCAGCAGGAAAAGGAUGCACGCCAACUCUCCAUCGCUAUCGCCCGCUGCUACACCAUGAAGAACCGCCACCAGGAUGUCAUGCCUUAUGACAUUAACCGCGUGGUGCUGCAGUCAGGGAAAGACGACUACAUCAAUGCCAGCUAUGUGGAGGAGUUGUCUCCAUAUUGUCCACGCCUUAUUGCAACACAGGCUCCGCUCACCGGCACAGCGGCAGACUUCUGGCUGAUGGUUUAUGAGCAGAAGGUGUCGCUGAUAGUCAUGUUGGUUUCAGACCAGGAGCUUGAAAAGGGAAAGGUUGUGCGCUACUUCCCAACGGAGCGUGGGCAGCAGCUCUCUCAGGGACCAAUCACCCUCAGCCUCACCACACAGAAGACGACACCGACACACGUGGAGCGAAUGAUCAGCCUACAGUACCGCGACCAAAGUUUGAAACGCACUGUGGUUCAUCUUCAGUUCACCUCCUGGCCUGAGCUGGGUCUUCCUGACAGUAAGAGCAACCUGCUGCGCUUCAUCCAGGAGGUUCAUGGACACUACCUCCACCAGAGACCCUUACAUACACCUGUUGUGGUGCACUGCAGCUCGGGUGUGGGACGGACUGGCGCCUUCUGCCUGCUGUACGCUGCACUACAGGAGCUGGAGGCAGGAAACGGAAUCCCAGACCUCCCUCUGCUGGUGAAGAAGAUGAGACAACAGAGGAAGAACAUGCUGCAGGAGAAGCUCCACCUUAAGUUCUGCUAUGAAGCAGUGUUGAAACAUGCUGAGCAGGUCCUUCAGAGACACGGCAUCACUACCGCCACCUGCAGCAAGAACACAACAUCUGCAUCCACAAAGCCUUACUCGAGACAGGAGUCCCAGCAGGAUCUGGUCCUGGGGGGUGACAUGCCCAUCAGUUCUAUCCAGGCAACCAUUGCUAAGCUCAGCAUCCGCCCACCCAGCGCUACAGACCCCACCUUAGACGCCCCCUUUAGUAUGGACGAGCAGGCCAGUGCGACCUUCCCUGACCUCUAUACUUCUCUGGGAGAUGCACAGUCGCUCCAGGAUCCCUCUCCCCUGUCAGACCCCCAGCCUCCCUCUUCCUUUAGCCCGCCUCUAACUUCCCCUACUCAGUCUCCACCUCCACCAAAUGGCCUGGAUGCUGCCUUGCCCUGCACGCCACCAUCCAAUCACGAGCCACUCCCAGAGGCAACACCCAGCCUGAGCCCGCCUCCACCUGCCACCGCUCCAGCUCCUUCUUCUCUGGAGCUGCUGGCCUCACUUACCCCUGAGGCCUUCUCUAUGGAGGGUGGAGGAAAGGGGAAGCAGCGGGUUACCAAGCAGAGCUUCCUACAGCCGGCAGAGGGUCAGGGUCUUCACGGGACGCGAGGAGAGGAAGGGGAUGACCCUCUCAGCAGCCUGGAUCCUCUGUGGAGCCUCAACAAGACCUGAGAUGGGCCCACAGGCUGCUGCUUUUCUCUCAGCUGUUUCUAAUCCUGCUUUUAAGAAGAAAAAACUCUGAAUCCUGACAUUUAGCGGUGUUGAUUACCAAGACGUGCCUGGUGGCAGAUGGUAGGGGUUCAGUUUUGAAGUUAUGUGUAUUUUUUCUGCUUUAGGGGCUGGAAAAACACUCGCUUCUCCUUCCAUCACAGAUUGCUUCUGGGACCAGAACACUAUGCACUCGUCUGUGUUCCUUCAUUCCUUCUGUCGCUUUUUGCUGCUUUUUUUUCUACGUCUGUCAUGUAUGUAUGUUCUGCACUUUUGCACCAGAACUGGGCCCAAAUCUGCACUGCAGCAUCAGAUCUAGGCCGUACCUAUCACUCAGCAUCAGAUGUGGACCUAAAUCUGGACUUCAUAACCAGAUCUGGGCCCAAAUCUGCACUUUAGAACCAGAUCUGUACUAAGUACUUUGGUGUCUGAUGUGGGUCAAAAUCUGCCCUUAAGCACUAAUUAAAAGGCUGAAAUCUGCACUUUUGAACCAGAUCUGGGCCCUACUCCUUACUUAAGCAUCUGAUGGGGUUCAAAAUCUGUACUUCAACACCAGACCUGGGCCCGAAUCUGUGCAUCAGCACUUUAUUCGGGCAAUAACUUUCACUGCAACACUAGAUCUGGGCCCUAAUCCUUACUUCAACAUCCGAUGUGGGUCUAGAUCUGGGCCAAGAUCUGCACUAAAGCACCAGAUCUGGACCCAGAUCUGUACAACAGAUCUGGACCCUGCUGUUUAAUUUGGUUUUCCAAUCUGGGCCGAAAUCAUUGUACUUUGGAAACAGAUCUGGAACUAAGUUUGCAUUUCAGCACCAGAUCUUAGCCCAACUCUGACUGUAGCUCCUGGACCCAGUUUUGCACUUCAGUACCACAUCUUGGUCUAAAUCUGUACUUCAUCACUAGAUCUGGACACAUAUUUGCACUUCAGUACCAGAGCUUGGCUCAGAUCUUCACUGCAGCACCAAAACUUAGUCCCAGGUCUGCAUUUCGCCAGAUUUUGACCCAAAACUGCUCUAGAGCACCAGAUCUUGGCCCAAAUCUGCUCCUCUGCUACAGGUCUGGGCCCAAAAGUACAACUCCCAGCAUGCACUCCACUUGAGCAGGUGAUCAUCACAGAGGUUUAAUGGUGUUAUUAAGGACACAGGAUGCACGGCCAGAGGAGCUGGGUGGAGAAAUGUAAGGACACUGACCCUCCCCAUCUCAAUCAGCGCGUGUAGUACAGUCUGUAACACGGAGCAGCAUACAAAUCAGCACGUUUUAACAAGUUUAUUAAGUUUUCUCAUUCUGUAACACUGUAAAUAUCUUAAAUAAAAUUAGACUAUUAAAACAAGUCCUUCUGGAUAAAUUUCACAUCAUUCAUUCAUUCAUUAUUGUAAAAAAUG